AUGAAUGCCUUCAUUCCCCUGAAAUUCACCCACAAUGCUGCAAAACCCUGGAGUCUGGGAAAUGAAUGGGGAUGGAGGCAUCGGCGCUCAGCCUGCUGCGUGCACCCCGCCACCACGGUAGUGAAGCAGGUCGAGAGCAAGUCUGCUUUUCAGGAAGCCCUGUAUUCUGCAGGAGGUAAACUAGUAGGAGUAGACUUCUCAGUCACAUGCUAUGGGCCUUGCAAAAUGAUCAAGCCUUUCUUUCAUUCCCUUGGUGAAAAGUAUUCGGAUGUGGUGUUCCUUGAAGUAGCUGUGGAUCACUGUCAGGAUGUUGCCUCAGAGUAUGAUGUCAGAUGUAUGCCAACCUUCCAGUUCUUUCAAAAGGGACAAAAGCUGGGUGAAUUUUCUGGCACUAAUAAGGAAAAACUUGAAGCUACCAUUAAUGAAUUCAUCUAGUCAUGAUCUCAUAACAAUCUCAUCGGCUGUAAUUUUUUUAUCUACAAAAAAUAAACACCAGAUAUGAAGAUUAUAUGCUCAACUCCCAUUAAGUCUAAGGAACAAUAAAAUAAUUAAUUUACCCUUUAAAAAAAAA